AACGAAAAACUAUUUAUAUGAAGAAGAAACUGGCCAGAUUCAAGUCAGAAUUAUUUUCGUACACUCCAGAUUUUCUGUUUAGCAAUGAGGGUUCAACAAGCAUUAUUUUUGGUGGUUCUUUCGGCCACUGCCGCCUACAGCUUUCCCACUUUCGGACUCCUGAUUAGUCCACUGAAGAAUCAAGUGUUGCAAACCAGAUGCAAACUACACCACAUUGGCUCAAAGGUGCUCCAGCAUGAUCAUAUCUUGGGAGAUCCAUGUGAAGGAUCUAAAGCAGUUGAACAACAAAUCACAACAUCAACCACAACAACAACAACAACAACAGCAAGUGAAGGGAUUGAAAAAGAGAAAUUUAUAGUGACCUCUGAAGCGUAUCCAUCUUCAUUGGACAUCGACAUUCGUAUGGGCCCGGAUGGACCUACAUCUAGUUCCACACCCCGAGAAACUACCAGAUUGGAUCUGGCCGAAGGUGGUGAAGUUCCGACUAAACAAAAAAACUACGCAACAGUUCCUCCAGAUGGAGGAAAACAUGUUAUAAAAGCAAAAUGUAACGGAGUCUUAACGACCGAUGGGUGUUUGGAGGAAAUUUAGAGGCUGGUUGUAGUGAGAGUUUCCCAUGAUCUGUAUUAAAACUGUUUAUAAUAAAUAAAAUCUGUUUUUA